AUGGGUAAACAAUUCUCUAUUGAAGAAGUAAGAAGGAGCUCUCAAAACUUUGAGAAUACUUUAGAUACUACCAACCUUGACUCAGAUUCCAGAUACAAACCUGACAUUAGAAGUAGCAGUCUCUCUCACCUUGGUCAUCCUAGCGGGUACUAG